GCUAGCAUAAGCCACAUUUUCCGUCCUUUCUUUGCUUCUCGAAUAACUAACUACCAGCGGGGAGAAGUUCUCUUGGUUGUUUCGAGUUGGCGACUGUCGCUUCUCUCUGCCUCGUUUCCUCCGGCUGGGUCGUGUGGUGGAGAAAAGCCUCUGCUUUGCCCUGCCCGCUCCCGACCAGGGUUGGUGCCUUGUUGGGGUCAACAACUGCCCUCGUCUUUCCUCCCCGCAUUGUCACCCGCAGCUCCAUAGCAACCCAGCUUCGCUGUGAGACCACACAAACCAGGCUAAGCGCCAAGUGCAAACUCUUGGCAAGCCCUUUUGCGCUCAAAAUUCGGCUUGAAGUUCGCCGCAGGCAGCCUCUUUCAACGGCCCCAGCGGAGGAGGGCUGUUCUUUCCGCUUUCCCCCCCUGCGCUCGCCGGAGAAGAAUGAGGCUUUAACUCAACUCGGGGGCGUGGGCGGGGGGGAACAACAGGGCUUCUGCAGAGCCCGGCCGCGCGUCUGCACCAUGCGAGAGAAGAAACUCACUACCGUGCCUCCCUCCAUAAGAGAGAAUGAAUUUGAAGAGUAUUUAGCAACCGACAAUAUACUUGUAGACUUCUUCAAUGAAUUUUUGGGUCUCCCAACAUUUGCAGAACCAAUUCAAUUUAAUCCCGAUUUUGGAAUUUUUGAAGUUGCUAGUGAUGUCCCACAAAGCAUGGAAAACCAGCUAAAACAGAUGCUUCGGGAUCAGAAACCUCGAAAUCCCAUUUAUGAUGUUACAAGGCAGACAAAGAUACAACCCUCUUUUUCUAAAGAUAUUAAAACUCCCCCUUCCUCAGCCUUCAGUUUUAAUCCAAAUUAUUCAACCAUGAGUCUGAACCGAGAACAAGCUAUUGAAUGGAUAAAAAAGAAUAGAUUUCCAGCAUUUUUAGAGAGUGAUUGCUACUUUGAAUACAGAUUAGCUAAACUUAUUUCACAAGUGGAAUGGAGCAAAACUGGGAUCAGUUUUGUUAUAGACAAAACGUAUUAUCCUUGGUUCUCAAAAGGUCCACCCACCAUAGAAAGCCCUGAGGACAAAGAAGAUGAUUUGAUUAUGAAAAGGUUCUACGUUUCUCUUGGCAAGGCUACUGUUACUCAGACACAGGAUUGGUUUACUCUAGCCAAGCAAAGUCAGAACAUGAUCAUUACUGAUUCUAUGACCCGUCCUGUGACAUCUUCUCGUGUUCAUUUUUCAGUUGAUACUUCAAAGUCAUGGUCUACACAUGAAGAUAUAAAGUCCCAAGAACUGAGUAACUCUUCUUCAUCCAUUAUUAAUGCUUCUACUUACAGUGGUCACUUAGGUUCUGAAUCCAGAAUUAAGAAGAAGCCCAAUUUAACUGAUGUCCCACUUGUUCAAAAGAUAGAAGCCAGAAGAAGCAUAGAUGAAGGUUAUUCUUUGUCACUUCCUGAUACUCCUUCACAGACAUUAUUAAGAGCAUACUUAGGACAAGACUGGGAACUUAGACUCCCUCCUCAGGAGGGAAAGAGUGAAGACCUUAUGCAAUAUCAAGAAUUGGCAUCUUUUCACACUAUGGAUGAGUUUUCUUUCGCCUUUGUUAAAUAUGUACUAAAAAACUCUGUUGCAGUAGUCACUGGCCAGCCACCUGAAUACAGUCCCUUUGACAUCAAUUUCAGUAAAACAACUAGAGUUUUUAUAUAUGAGUUAGCAAGCAGUGAAAAGUCCAUAGAGUCAGGCUUUGAAAAGUCUUUUGCUGAUGGAACGGUUGAUGGAAUAGAUGUGAAGAGUGACAUUUCUGCAAAAUCAGAAAAGGAUAAUACUGAAACCAGAGCUGCUUGGUGUGUGAGCCACAAGACGUAUGACAUUGGUAGCAGACAUGAAUUUGAAAGAUUUAAAAAAUUCAUCAGAGGAACUUUGGGAGAAAAAUACUGGUGGCUAUGGAUAGAUAUUGAACGACUGAAGGUCCUGAAGAGUUUUAAAAGGCAGAAAAGACAGCUUGAUCGGAUGAAAAAAUUAUACCUGGCAAGCAAUGGAGAUUAUUACCUGACUUUUGAAGUUCUGUUCAAGCUCAACCUGGUGGAUGGCGAUCAAUGGAAUGUGUAUAAUUUAAAGGGCAUCCAGUCUGAAGUGGUGAAACCUUUGCUGCUUUACUGGGGUCCCCGAUUUUGUGUAACUCAUAAAGCUACCAUUCAGGCCACAGUUACCAAGCUGAAAAUCUGGCACGCUCGGCAACAGAAACCACGAAUUGACGUGGAUCCUUUCCCACAGAUGGUGUCCCUGCUACCACUCAGGCCGAAAUCCUGCAUGCCAAAAAUAGCAUUUCCAUGUUAUCAGAGAGGAGAAACCGGAUUAACCCCAACUUUUUCAAAAGGAGCAAUGGAUAUCUGUCCCCAAAGGUCUCCCAGGCUGUUAUCUGCAAUUCUACCUCAAGGUCAAACUGCUGUUCAAGAAUAUCCUUAUGACUUAAUUAGCUUAGAAAAUAUUAAGAAAAGGCCAGCAACAGCGUGCAGCACCGUGUCUCAUAUGACACUUAGUGAUAGAAUGGAUUACCUGAAACCACAACUAGAUCGAAAAUACACCUAUGCAGAAGUGAUCCCUGGUAAAAUCUCCCCAGAUUUUUCCGAACUUGGGAGUUCUAAAAUGGAAAGAAUGCUGCAAUCUCUUUACUUGGAGAACAGAGCAGGCUACGUCUUCAGUGACUUCUGUGAGAAAUCAGGCGAUACGCUAUGGAAGAACAGCACAUAUUUUUGGUUUGACCUACAGGAUUAUCACCAGCUUUUCUAUCAAGAAACCCUCCAUCCUCUGAAACUAUGCAAGCAAGCACAACUCCUUUAUGCCAAUUAUAUUGCUCCUUCUGCUGAAAUGGAUAUUGGAAUAGAACAAAAAAAUGAGAUUUACAAAAGAAUUGAUCCGCCAUUUGAAGAUCUUUUUGACCCAGCAGAAGAAUAUAUCCUCUCCCUUCUUUUGGUUCCAUGGAUGAAGAUGAUAGAGGAAGACCGAGAAACGUAUGGGAAGGUGGAGCUGGUGGAAGAAAUUCGACAGCUGGACUCGGUGUACUUUAAAAAGCUGAAGGCUUUGCAUGCAGAGGACAUUUCCAAGAAGGAUGAGGCUUUGGCAGUUGAAGAAGUUCUCCGGAAGUCUGAGUCUAUUCAACUUGUAGAUUCUGUUGAACAAGACUAUCCUGAGGGUUUCAAAUCAUACUCCAUUAUGAAAUUGCUUAACAACAGGAUAGAUUUGGAACAAUUCCGUAUCUUUCUUGAGGAGCAAUCAGCAAGCGCGGACCUCCUGUGCUGGAUAGACAUUGAGCAGUUCAGAAGAAUGUUACACAAAAAUAAAGUACAACGAGAGGAAAAAUCUAAGGACAUUAAAAAGAAAUAUUUAAACAAGAAAUAUUUCUUAGGACCUGACAGCCCAGCUACAAAAGAAGAACAAGAGCAGGUAAUGAAGUCACAUGGAGGCUGGGGGCAAGUACUUCAUGAACUAGUUUCUCCCGUAAUCUUGUUAGAUGUUCAAAAGUACGCCCAGAAGAGAUUAGAGAAUAAGUGGUUGCCGCUGUUUUAUACCCGCAAAGACUCUGGAAAGUGGAAAACACCAAAGCUACAUAUGGAAGAGGCAGCGGAAGACAUUUUAAUUCAGGAACAGGAAAGGAAAGAAGCACCGUGGAAGCAUAAGAAGAAUUGGGUGCUUUUGUCUCAGGAAAUCAUUACUUUCCGUAAAGCUCUGAUGAAUCCCAUCACAGCUCUUCAGUUUCAACACUUUGUGUCCCUGAAAGGAGAUUUAUUGGGGAAUGGAGUGAUUUUCUGGCAGGAGGUACAGAAAUAUAAGGACCUGUGUCAUUCUCACUGCGAUGAGUCCAUUAUUCAGGAAAAGAUCACAACCAUUAUCAAUUGCUUUAUUAAUUCUGCCAUUCCACCUGCUCUUCAGAUUGACAUACCUCAGGACCAAGCCCAAAAGAUCAUUGAACACAGGAAAGAGCUAGGCCCAUAUGUGUUUAGAGAAGCACAGAUGACUAUUUUUGCACUUCUCUUUAAAUUUUGGCCAAUGUUUUGUGAAUUUCGAGGUAAUUUGGCUGAUGAAGCUAUUUUGCCUUGCUUGGCAAGAGAAAAGAAGAUACAGAAAUUUAAAAAAGCAAGAGAAUUAGAACAGAAGGUACAAAAGAAGAAAAGUUCUAUUCUUGGGAAAACAGGUUCAUCUCUUGAUUCAAAACUGAGUUUAGCUGAAUUUUCGCCAUCGACGAGCUUCUCUGGAUUGGGCCGAGAGUUUUUCUGGUCUUAUUCAAAGUACAUAGAAGCUCUUGAACAAGAAAGGAUUCUCCUGCAGGUUCAAGAAGAUUUAGAGAAAAAAUCAGUUGCAGCAUCUGCUUAUUCAGGUCUCUCAUCUUUCCUCGCUCUGAAAAGUGAUACAGUCAUAGGCUCCGAAAAAUCUAUUCCCCCAGCAAACUUCAGCACAGCUUUUGUGAAGCAACGUUCAUUCCCAUCUAAAGAUACUGCAAGACCAUCAAAAUUUUAAGGAAACUGGUGAAGAAAUUAUGAGUUUACAUUCACAGUGGGGCCACAAUUUAUCAGAAAUAAAUGAACGUUGUUCACUGGUUUGCCCUAUUUUUCAGAGACAAGUUACCAAGAGAGGAAAGAAACUAAGUCUGGUGCAUUCAGUGCCAGUGGGACUUUUUUCCUUAUAUACUGUACUAUUAUAGCCUUCUACAAUUUAACAGCUAUGUUAGAAUACAAUUCCUAUCAUCUGGAGACAACAACUUUUCAGUGUCAGAUUGGGAAUCCUCUGCUAUUAUAUUCUUGUUUUUAAUGAAGGAAGAAUUGUUAAUUAAUUUACUUAUAAACUAUUUGAGAGGUUUGCGGCUCAUUGACAAGCCUAUAUAUUUCACAAGCAGUUCGUUUCCAAACCGGUCUAAAACUUACCUUCGACUGCAGUCCCAGUGAGUAAAACAGCUGAGGCGCAGCAAUCCAUUCUGCCGUGCCCAUCAGCUGGACUUCAAAAAAAUAAAAUGAAGGUCAGUAUAGCGCAGAGGCGGGCGGACGGGCCCACAUGAUCGUCGGAGUGAACCAGUCCGCUCUCAGCUGAUUGUCGGAGCAACCGGCUUGCCCGAACCGGUCCGAAUAGGCUGAAUCCCUCCCCUGUUCACGAGGAUUCUGAAAUACAACAUGCACUUCUUGGGGCUAACUUCAAGGCAGUUCCUCUUGCUUUCAUUAUAUAGAAGUCUUAGGAACAGGUGUAGAAAACAUUCCCGAGAACAUCAGGGCUGGUCCACUGAUAGAGCAAUUUGUAGGGCUUCAAAACAGCAACAUCUGUGACUCUCUAUCUGCCAUAUUGUUUCACAGCCACAUCUGAUUCGUACUAUAAAUUACAGUGAGAGCUUGAGCUGAGUUGUGGAUGAUUGCUGCUGAAGGGUUCAAAUACAUUAGUUCUUUCUUCCUUUUGCAAUGUUCAUGUUAAACGAUGAAGUAUGUAUCAAGAGGGAAAAUAUCUGUGGCCCAUAUGUGGUCUUUUUUUGAUGGUUUCAAUGUUCUCCAAAAACAUGUCAUUCCAAAAGGGAAAAAUUGGGACCAAAUCCUGCCCCUGGUCCCUCUGGGCAUCAAAGAGGAGGAGAAGAAGGAGGAGGAACCACAAGAAAAACAACAAAUGAAAUCCUUCUGCAAAAUGAUUGCCUUCACCUGUUAGAGAUUAUUUGCUUUAGAUUUAUGAUGCAUCAUUUUUUUUUUUUUUUUUGGCCUUGUGUCUAAGAUCAGAUUCACCAUGCUAGAAAUUUGUUUUCUUUGCCACAUGUCAAACAACUGCACUCUGGAUUGUUUCUUUUCUAUAACAAGUAUUUAUGUCAUAUAUAUUAAAAAGAAACUCCUAUUUAGGUAUUUAAUUUUUUUCUCCAGCCAAAUAUAAUAUGAAACCAACAAUGUGCCCAUAUUUUAGAUUUGGACAAUAUUUUUAUCCAAUCCAAACAUCAACCCAUUAAUCCUUUUUAUGACCCCCAUGAUACCUUCAAACACUUGAUAACCAAACAACUUGUUUUUCCUGUUCAGUAGCUCCAUUCUGAAUCAGAUUUAGCAGACUUAUUAUAUAAAGGAUAUAAUCCAGGCAUAUGUCAGGGAGGAUAAACUUUGCUUGAUACUUGGUUUUGCAGAAUUGUUUCCACCCACACAGUAAAACAAUGGUUCCCUUGUGGGUUUGAUAGAAGUGGUGUAAAGUAGAUGUCUUAUUUGUCUGUCAUAAGAAAUAUCAUUGCUUGAUAAUCACACAGCAUUUUGCGUGACUAUAAUUCAUCCCUUGAAUUAAAGGUAAAGGUUCCCCUCACACGUAUGUGCUAGUGAUUCCCAACUCUAGGAGGCGGUGCUCAUCUCCGUUUCAAAGCCGAAGAGCCAGCGCUGUCCGAAGAUGUCUCUGUGGUCAUGUGGCCGGCAUGACUAAAUGCCAAAGGCACAUGGAAUGCUGUUACCUUCCCACCAAAGGUGGUCCCUAUUUUUCUACUUGCAUUUUUUACAUGCUUUUUAACUGCUAGGUUGGCAGAAGCUGGGACAAGUAACGGGAGCUCAUCCCAUUACGCAGCAGUAGGGAUUCGAACCGCUGAACUGACCUUUCUGAUUGACAAGCUCAGCGUCUUAGCCACUGAGCCAUCACAUCCUCUUCCCUUGAAUUACCAUCCUUCAGUUUUCCAGAGUAGUUCAGGAUUUUAUUCAACUUAUACUCAGUCUUUCAAAUCUUAACUGAAAGAGGGAGGAAUAUAAUCAUGAUCCAGUCAAGUUAGGACCUUCUUUGCAGUCUACUUUAUUUUAAGGAGAGAGUGAAAAAACACAUACUCACAUAUUUUUAUUUGAAAAUCAAUGGUAUUUAAAACUUUUUUUAAACUUUGGAGUGUGAUGGUUUGUGGCAUCUAAAGAUUAGCAGAUCUAUUGUAGUUUUUCUAAAGAAAAGAUAUACGUUUUCAACAUUAUCUAAUAUAGUUGUAAUUUAGGUAUAUUAGGUAUAAAACAUUUUUAAUCAUAGCAUACAGUAUGUGUGAAUUAGAUUAACAAAACAAGGUUAAUUGAUAUGCCCAGCAACAGUUUUAUAGAUGGCAAUGUUUAAUAAUUAUUAUGUUUGGAUUGUGACACUUUUAAGGCUUACACAAUUACAAAGGAAUAAUUUUUUCAUAGUUUGACAUCCAUUUGAUCAAAUACAAUAAAAUUAUCUUGAGAAACAUAAUGCAAUACAGGAUACAUAGAAAUGAUUGGAGAAAAGCAGUUGUAAGGAAUGAGGUUAGAAAAAAAACGAAUGGCAGACAGUAAAUACAUGGACAGUCAUUCACUAAUUUGUGGCUUUGUUGACAACAAGUCAUUUUUCACCGUUUUGUAACAUUGUGGUUAGUCUUAAUAAAUCUGUUAAUAAACUAGCAGUUUAUAACUUUU